AUGGAGCCGUCAACCAGUCUACGAUGGAAGCGACGAAUGGCGAUAUAUUCCAGGAUUUCGAAGGCACUUGGUUAUCAUGCUAUUCCCGCAGCAUUGGUCGAUGCCUCUAUCCUUCAUGCAGAACUCUGGGCCCUCCUUGAAUAUUUGAAAAUCGCUUGGAAUGGAGGUUAUAGACGAAUUGAUGUCGAUCUAGAUAGUCAAGAAGCAGUCAAUAUUUUCUCCUCUCCAGCGAUAUCCUUUGAACCUGCCAUUAUACGCAGAAUUUGGGGUAUUCUCCAACCUCAAUGGUGCAUUCGGACCAUUCACAUUAACCAUGAGGUAAAUCACGUGGCUGAUGCACUCGCCCAUCUAGGCCGAACAACAUCUAAGGUGCUCUCUAAGCUAAAUGACCCGCCUAAUGAAACUCAACGGCUUUUGAUAACUCCAUAA